GGCUCUUCAAUCAAAUAGUUUCCAUGAUUGAAAUUAUUACUAUUUUAAACGUCAUGGUUGUACUAUUGUGUCGUAAGUUUGCCUUUACGACAUUUUGCGCGCUGUGACCUUCGUCAUCUUUGCUCACCCACUUGUUGGACUCUAUGACGGAACGCGUCACACUCGUUACCUUUUGGGACCGAAAAUCUGUUUUGUGUUUUGUGUUUUUUUAUGUCAUUUUAUUUAUUUUUUGUAGUGCAAACACGGCGGUUACACGUGGCUACGAUGCUACUUUUAGGCGCAAGCACGGUGGCAAUCCAGCGAAGUUGGCUUAAGUAGCGCUGCGAUCUUCUCCUCAAGUUCACCGCAAUGAGCGAACCUUCGGAACCGGCGGCCGGGAAAAGAAUGAAGGCUCGGGCCCCACCUCCACCAGCGGCCCCCCGGCACAGCCUUCCAAACAGCGUACCCGAUGCGGGCGUGGAAUCCAAAGAGAACAUGAUUAGACCAAGUGUGGAUUUUGAGUUGACCCUUCCGCAGGGAUACCGGAUCUCUAUCACUGAGGAUGGCAGUAAGCCGCUGAUGGACUUGCUGGUGGACCUGUGCAGCCGCUACCAUCUCAGUCCGGCGCUGCACACCUUGGAUCUGCUGUCGCCCGAAGGCCACCCUCUGGGGUUCAAGCCCAACGUGUUGCUGGGCUCGCUCAAUGUGGCCUGCGUCCUCAUCAAGGAGAAAGGCUGCGAAGAGAGAGCCACGCGCAGACCGGCACCAAAAGUUCCCGAGAAAACGGUGCGUUUGAUGGUGAACUAUCACAGCAACCAGAAGGCGGUGGUACGGGUCAACCCGUUGGUACCCCUCCAGGCCCUGAUCCCCAUCAUCUGCGAAAAGUGCGAGUUCGACCCCACGUGUGUCCAGCUCCUGAAGGACGACGUCAGCCGCCAAAAGUUACCGCUGGACAAAUCUUUAACGCAGCUGGGAAUCAAGGAGCUCUAUGUUCUUGACAAGAGUCGAGUUCUGCAGCCUAAAAUGGCUUCCACUCCAGCGCUAAAUUAUUCAGACUCCUUCCACUCCAGCACUAACAGUUUGGACAGGAGCACCAGGAAAGGCUUUUUUGGUUUAUUCCAGUUUGGCAGGAGGAAGUCCAAGACCGAGAGCGCGCCUGUGAGCAUGGAUGAGCCUUAUAAUAAAAUAAUCCCAAAUGAAGACCGCAGCGCCGCACAGAACGCGACCCGAUCGGCUCCCGCCAGAGAGGCUCAGCCGAGUGCUUUGGGCCAGUCUCGUUCGGUCAUGAAUGUUUUCAGGACGUCGCCCAAGUGUGACACCAAGAAGAGGAGAGCCCCAGCGCCGCCUCCUGGGGCCCCGACCGCGACGCGACAAAAUCAUUUGGAGGGCUAUCAGAUGGGCUCAAGCUCAGAAAGCCAACAGAGGAAAAGAAAGGCUCCGGCCCCUCCUUCGACCCCAGAUUCCGUCCGCCUCGACCCUUAUUCCGCAUCUACCUCCGCUUCUCCCACCCCUGAUAGCCAAACGCGUGAAAAACAUUCUCCAGCCUUCUGCACAAAGAUGGUGCAGACGACCACGAUCUCUUCCACCAGCGUAAAAACCACGGUGAAGACGCAAUCCCUGAAGAUCAAGGUUCAGCCUCCGUCCGGCUUCACCGCGGCACCCGUCGGUGCCUCCCCGACGACAAGCAGCAGCGCUGCAGACAGCCGAGUUCUCCAGGACUCGAGCUCCGAGCUCAGCCACAGCCUGGACUCCGAUCCCGACACAGAUGACGCCGUUUCCCGGUACAGCAGCCUCACCAACAGCACGGCAAGCGGGUCAGUGCACAUGAAACUCCCUGCGAAACCUUCCAGCGCCAAAAUGAAGGAAUCGGAUGAGGACCGAUGUCUGGUGGGCAAAUUGGAAAGUGGCUCUGUUUCAACCAGCAUCUCCAGGACCGACAGCGAGUCGCUUCCCGACCUUAAACCGGAUGAAGCGAAGAGCAACAGACACGGCACGAUGGGAACAACAGAUCUCCCGGCGCCACCCAAGCCCCGCCGUUCCCCAGCCCGGGAACGCCCCGCCCUGUCGACCACACCGGCGUUGUCGCGCGAAGCCGCCAGAAGCAGAGCCGCACAGGGCUCCCCGAUAGUGGAGGGAUCCGCUUCCCAGUCUUGGCUCCAUUCGACAAAGAGAGCGGCAGCCGGCGUCCAAGCCCCAGAAACUGAAACCGCCGAUUGUGAGACGUUGUCCUUGGGACACAGCAGCGGCGGCAGCAGUCUACCAGACCAAGGUUACGCCGCCUCUGAGGGAACGGUAGAUGGUGAGGACUCGGGCCUGGUGAGCUCCCCAUCCGACGCCCAACCCACACCCCCGAACGGGACCUUCUUUCUGGAGAGAAAUUGCGGAGCCGCAGCGGAGAUGCUGCCCGGGCCUGUCCGAGACAUUUCCAGCGACAGCGAUGAAGGAUGUGCCACUUGGGGAUCGAAUGUCAGUCACAGCAGACCGGAGGAAAAAUCCGGAAAACUAAGCAACAACUUUGAUGAGGAAUGCAAACGGUUUUAUCGGGCAAACGUAGAAGCGAACCUUCCAGUGGACAUGAUUGUACCCGUCACAGCCAUCGAUGAAAUACUGGAAGACAGUAAUGCAGCUGUUGUCUCUGGCAUGAAGUUAGCAGAUCGUAAAGGUUCAGAGAGCCCCGUGGAGCGGUGCAACAAGAACAACAACGCUUGCACGAGAAAAAGUAGCGGCGUGCACGUUAAACCCGAUCACUAUCGGAUCACGCUGGGGAGUGCGUCAAGUGACUCUACAAAGGAAGAUCUGAGAGAGGACACACAAGGACGGUUAGCAGUCAAACCUUUGGAGUCGACAACGAGUCCAACGCUCGGAUCGGACGCGUCGAUGGAGAGCAGCGUUCGCCGUUUACACGAGGACGGCGUUGGCCCGCCUCAAGCCAGCCAGCGAGCGCCGUCUGCAGAAAAAGUCGACAACCACAUUUCCAGGUCGAAUUCGGUGCCCCGGAAAGUCACUUGCAACCCCACCUCUCGAUUCGGUAUGAAAACCUUCACCGUGGUGCCCCCCAAGCCGUCUGUCGCGCAAGGCGCGUCGCAAAAUGCGGCCGCCGGAUUAACCGCCGGCGCGAUUAAAAUCGAUGAGCAAGGAAACAUCAUGAAAAUGCGCGGAUACCACAACAAAGUGCGCGAUGCAACAGAGUGCGCAAUUACCAGACGCGAGGAGUGUCCUCUUGUCGGAAAAGCCAAAGCCUUUUGGAGCUGCAGCCAAAGGCAAGAAUGCGCUCGUCCCGGUAGCCCAAGUGUGGCCUCGGAGAGCAUCAAAAGUACUCGCGCACCUGGGACUACGUUGACCACUGACAGACGAGAAGUCCAGAAAACACAACACACGUUUACGAAUGCUGCAAAAAGUGCUCCGCCCAGCGAGGCCGCCGGAAUAAUCAGUAAAUGCAUGAAUAUUACAAAUGAGCCGCCAGCAGAAAUGGCUCAUAGUUCAGCACUUGACCGUAAUAAACAACCGCAACAGGCACUCCCUUCGGAUCUUCCUCCUUUCCUCAAGCCGACCAGACGUACGUCAAGCCAGUACGUGGCAUCGGCCAUCAACAGAUACACCCCGAUGGCAUCCGCAAGACCCAACAUUGUGUCCUCUCCUUUAACGCAGAACUUUGCUUUCCAUACACUCGGUCACUCCGUACAAGUGAAUCCGCGCCAGUCCUCCAAGAUAUCCCUGACAGAAAAUAAGUCCAAUAGGGCCGGUCUUUGCCACCCCGGUCCUAUGAGGUCCAUGAGCGACCCUCAAUUCAUGUCGGAAAACCAGAAAGAAAUCAGAGAUAACGAGGAAGGGAGCGGCGGCGACAGCUCCUGGUCGCUCGGACCGGUUUCAGACCGGAUUAAACACUUUCAGGCAAGUGGUCCCGCUCAAACAAACGAACGGGAAAGUCGAGAGAUGAAAGCGAACCGCCAUCCAGGUCCCGGCUCUCCGCGCACAACUGCCAAACCGUCGGGAACACGUCCGGCGGCUGGCCCGAAGCCAGAACCUUCACGUAGUCUGUCGGACAGCGACGUCUUGCCUGCGCCGCCACCUCUCAACCUAUUUGGACCGGUCAAGAAGUUCAAGCCGGUAGUGUGUCGAUCUUUUGAGAGGGAUACGUCUCUGCACAGCAACCUCAUGGAGGCCAUCCAGGCAGCGGGAGGCAAGGACAGGCUCAGGAAGAUAUCGUCAUCGGGCGCCAGGAACCCGAAGGAGGCCCCCCAUGACGAGAACGAGAGGUCCGCUCUCCUUGCCGCCAUCCGAGCCCAGAGCGGCGCCGGCCGGCUGAGGAAGACAAAAUCCGGAGCUGCUGAGGAGUUGGAAAAGUUCAGGUCGGCGUCGGGCGAGCAGAGGCCAGACGCUCCCUCUUCUCCCGCAGCAAUUUCUUUCACUCGCGCUUCUCCGCCCCCUCCGCCCCUCCUGCGCCAGUCGAAGCCCGCCGACGCCGUCUUCGACCCCGCCUCGGCCAGGGAGGCCAUGAUGGAGGCCAUCCGCUCCGGAGCCGCUGCCGAGAAGUUAAAAAAGGUGGCAGUGGCCACCAAGACGGUCCAAGUGAACGGCAGGAUGGGAACGAUGCACGCGACCUCGUCCUCGUCCUCGAGUCUUCCUUAGAAAUUGAACACUUCCAAGAUUCCCCAGUUGCUCGUGUUUGACCCGCAGCGCUUUGGAACGGACGUUUACAAAAGCGGCCACGUUAAGUCCGUCCUCGGUGGCGUGACCGAGGCGGAUAAUCGGGAACAAAAAACGGUUUUCCAGCUCGCAACCUUCUUCCUCGUUCUUGGCUUCGCGUCCGGUGCUUCUGAAACUGUCCCUUUUCCCAGGAUGUCCUCUUGCCCGACGGCGAAACACAAAAAACUGUCUUGACUCCGCUCGUGGAGGUUGUUAACUGGAACACGAUGGACAGAAAAAGUGCCAACGAAAGGAGAAUAUUUCACAUUUGACAUGAUUUGUGCUCUUUUGUUCCGUUUGUCUUUUUAUUUUUGUCUUCCGCAGCUGAGAUUUGGAUGCCUUACGUCGUGUCGCUCAGUGUUACUAUGUACAAAAAAAAUCAUAAUAAUUCCAAAUGUGGUGCAAUACGUUCAAGUUAGUAUGUCCUUAACACGGUAAAAGACACUUCAGAGUGUAUUUUCUGUAGCUGUGCUAAAGAAUGCCAACUAUUACAGUAAUGCUGGUGCGAAGGAGGGAAAAAAUGCUUUGAGCCCCGAGUUCCUGCUAGCUUGUAAUGCUACUUCCAACUUUGAAUUUGUGCUGCUGUUUCGUGUGCUUGUUCUGCAGGGAUGCUUAUAUCAACAUAUAUAUAUAUAUAUAUAUAUAUAUAUAUAUAUAUAUAUAUAUAUCAUAAUUCCCGGCCUACAGCGCGCACCUGGUUAUAAGCCUUGGUACACAUCAAAGAUUUGAAUGGGAGCGCGGCGCUAGCGUUGGCGUUAAACUCUUUCUGUGUACUGUGGCUUAUAACCAGGUGCGCUAGCGCCGCGCUAACGCUAGCGCAGCACAUUCGCAAUGAGGAUCUGAAUUGUCUUUGACGUUUCUGGUUUUUCUUUUUUUUUUUUUUUUUUUUGGUUUUGUUCAAUUACCCACGGAAGUGUUCACACCGCCGGGCAGAGAUGUUAGUCGUCGAAGAAACACUACACGGCUCGCGUGUGCCGCGGCUUUGCAAUAUUCGCACAUUUAGGAAACGGGUAGCUCGGCGCGUGUGAUUUCUCGCACUCGAUACCGCGGUGAAACGUGUACAGUUUGGAGCAGCUGUACAGUAUUUGAUUUUGAAACGAUUGCUGCCAUCAGCGCGAGUUUAGAUUUCACGUUUUUUUGAAAUGACGACACUAAAGCGUCCGUCUGCACGUGUAAACUGCUUCCUGCUGCUGAAUAAAACGAGUGCGGUCAACAGA